AUGGCCGGCGCCCACGUGCGGCUCUUCCUCUUCAGGCUGCAGCAAAUGCUGCCGGCUAACGGCCACCCAGGUGCUCCUCACGAGGAUCCCCACGAAACGUGCUCUCACAUGCCUGUUGCGUUGGGUGGAGCCGAAAAAUCGAGCUUCUCCCAGCUCCCGUCUGCCACUGUGGACCCUAGCGCGUGGAGGUCGGAUCUGCCCCAACGGCAGGGAGGCGCAUGCGGGAGGGAGGGCGAGCGCUCUGGCGUGGUGGAGGUGGAGGCGGGUGCGCCGACGAGGUGGAGGUGGGGGCGGGUGCGCCAGCGUGGUGAAGGGUGGUGGCGGAGUGGAGGUGGGGACGGGUGCACCGGCGUGGUGAGGGUUGGCAGUGGGCGGCGGCAGAGGGCCCGAUGCGGCCGGGGAGGAGGAGGAGGACCCCCAACGCGUGCGGUUGCUCGAGGGUGGAGGACGAGCGGCGAAGUGAUAAGGUAA